AGCUUCAUCAGGUACAGGGGGCGCGUCUGUGUAAAGUGGGAAGCGGGUUUCAAUUUCAAACCCAAACAGUCCGAGGGACGACACAGUGACUUGUGCGAUAACGUCAAAACCGAGUAGUUAACAGCGCUGUAGAAUUUGUAACGUCUUUCAAACACAAUCCAGAACCGUGUCGUUUUCGUCGGCCGUCGUUACAGCCCACAGAAUCCGCGAAAAAAAGUCGCCCGCCGCGUCUUCGGUCCAGUUUUCCGCGCCUGGUUAACGUUAAUUUGGAUGACAAACCGACGCUUGGCUUGUUUAUACUGCAGGUGUUGACCAAUCCGGAUACUGCAUCACAGUAAAACUACAACUGUGUUAAUACACAUAUAUCUGUCAUAGCAAGCCGUUUCUGCAAGAAACAUGCCGAGGUCAAACAGGCAAAGAGAAUACAAACCUGGAGAUCUUGUAUUUGCUAAAAUGAAGGGGUAUCCACACUGGCCUGCGAGGUCUUAUCAGCCAUACCCUGUGUCAGCAGGCUUCAGGCCCUGCCCCACCUAUCCUGACACAGUGGCUCUAUCUAGGAAUGCCAAAAGGCCCGUCUGCCAGAGAGAGAUUGAUGAAUUACCUGAAGGAGCCGUCAAGUCCCCCUCAAACAAGUACCAGGUGUUCUUUUUUGGAACGCAUGAGACGGCAUUGCUGGGGGCCAAUGAUUUGUUCCCGUAUGAUGAACAUAAGGAAAAGUUUGGAAAAGCAAAGAAGAGGAAAGGCUUCGCUGAGGGACUCUGGGAGAUUGAGAACAACCCCACUGUCACGCACGAAGGUUACGAGGACAAUGCAUCUGUAGGUGCAGGGGAUACAGGUAGUUCGGAGAAAGCGGAUGCAGAGGGCAGCAGUGACGAGGAUGAAGGGGCCUUGGUCAUCGAUGAGAAGAACGAGAGGGGAGGAACUAAACGAAAAGCAGAGGAGUCUACAGAGGCAUCUCCCAAGCGGCCGAAGGAUACGGAGGCGGAAGGUGACUCUAAAGUAGACGGCAGCAAGUUGAACGCAGAGGCCAAGCUCAAUGAUGUGGCUGGAUCCAAGGCAACUGCUCCCCCCUCACAGAGUGAGUCAAAAGUGGAGGCCCAGGAAAACGCUCCCGAGGGAGGCCAGCUAACAGCAGAUAAGCCUGUGACAGACAGUGCUUAACGUCAAGUCACAGAAAUAAACCAAGAACCUUUGACGCUUUCCUCUGGAGUUCAAGCAUCAACAUGAUUUCCUGCAGGAUGCCAGAUUAAUAGGAGAAUUAAAAAACAAAACUAAGUGUUUGUAUUAAGAGGCAAACAAAUCCUCAUUUGCCAUUUUUGGGAUAUCAUAUAUCUCAGAAACAAAAAGUUUGCUAAUCUGAUUUCAAACAAUUGAAAAGAGCACUUUAAGGCUCAUUUAUAAAUGGGAUUUUGGUGUGUAUAUAUUUUUUAUUUCUAAGUGCAAUUACAUAAUUACAAAGACUGAAUGCUAGGUGUCAAAAACAUUUUUCAGUUCAGAAUGAACUGAAUAUAUGGUAUCAUAGAUAAAAAAGGGGAACAUUUAAGCAUAACAAAAAAAGAUAAAUACUCUAAUUUGAUGGUUUUAAAUCUCACAUAGAUAUUAUGCAGGAGUGAAAACAAAUUUUUCACCCACGCUCUUGGCUGUAGUUCAUAAAUUAAAAUGUUUUACUUCCGUUUGUUUCACCUAGCUUCUCAGCCUCAUCUUAAAUCAUAUAUUCAGUCAUUGGAUACAUGAGUUGCACUUUCAGAUUAUUUUUUUCCUGCCCUGUUCAUCAUUGUCUAGUUCACUGUAUGAUGUUUUUAUGCAACACAGGUUUUGUUGCUAUGGUGUAGUAUAUGCUUCAUUGCAGAUGACCAAAUUAUGUGAUUGAUUUCUCCAUGUUGAAUGUGUAAAGCCCAUUUAGGAAGAGCUUUUUUUUUUUUUUUUUUUUUUUU